GUGUCGCUAAGCUAAUGCUAACACUGAUGCUAACGGCCGCAGUCGGGCUCCGAGGACGGGCUGGAAGACAGCGGACUACAUCGGCUUCUUGUCUCUUCUGCCGCCCCAAAGCGGAGAACUAACUCCCCGCGGAUUGAUUUAUUUGUUACGGUGGUAACGUCGGCGCGGAUAACAUCGAGUGGAACCUCGCUGCGGCCUUUAUGUAAGGUCAAAGCCCUACGGCAACGGGUCACAGACGGGAGGAGAGACUCGGGAGAAACGCAUCUGGCCUCAGAAGCCGGGAUAAGCUGUGUUUUUAUUUUUUAUUCAGUCCCCCGAUCACAACACCAGCCAAAAAGUCCACUUGCACGCAAACCAUGGAGGCCAUUGCCAAAUACGAUUUCAAAGCCACUGCUGAUGAUGAACUAAGCUUUAAACGUGGAGAAGUCCUCAAGGUAUUAAAUGAAGAGUGCGAUCAGAACUGGUACAAGGCGGAGCUAAAUGGGAAAGACGGCUUCAUUCCCAAGAACUACAUCGAGAUGAAAGCCCAUCCGUGGUUCUUUGGGAAGAUCCCCCGAGCCAAAGCCGAGGAGAUGCUCAACAAACAAAGGCAUGAUGGCGCCUUCCUCAUUAGAGAAAGUGAGAGUGCACCGGGCGACUUCUCCCUCUCCGUCAAGUUUGGCAACGACGUGCAGCACUUCAAGGUUCUCCGUGACGGGGCCGGGAAGUACUUCCUGUGGGUGGUGAAGUUCAACUCCCUCAACGAGCUGGUGGACUACCAUCGCUCCACCUCGGUCUCCCGUAAUCAGCAAAUCUUUUUGCGAGACAUCGAGCAGGUCCACCAGGUAACAGCUGUCACGCAUCCCACAUACGUGCAGGCGCUCUUCGACUUCGACCCGCAGGAGGAAGGAGAGUUGGGUUUCCGCCGCGGCGACUUCAUCCAAGUGCUGGACAACUCCGACCUCAACUGGUGGAAAGGAGGCUGCCACGGCCAGACGGGGAUGUUCCCCCGCAACUACGUCACGCCCGUCAACCGGAACAUGUGAAACCCUCGCCGCCGUCACCCCUCAUUCUAGCUCUCAUCAGCACCCCCCCACCCGCCCCCGCCCCACGGGAAGAAAAGUGAAAGUGAAAGAGGACAGAAGUGCUGUGGUGAGGAUGGGAACUGCCUCGGAGGGGGAAAAGUGCGAAAGUCACCCACAGCAACUUCUGCCUACUUCUUAACAUUCUUGUCUCGUCUUUCCCGUCGCCGCAUGUUCUUUUAAUGAAAACAGAAAAGCAUCAAGAAGCAGCGCUUUUAAAAGAGGAAAAAAAAAAAAAUGUCCAGAAAGAAGGGGAGCAAGCUUCCACGUGAUUGGCUGUACAAAGAAA